CUUGUUAUACUUAUUGAAUUGUAAAUAGUCAUCCAAUUCAAAAAUUAUGUUUCGAAAUUUCAUAAUCCAAAUUGACAAUUAAUUAGAGUCUUUGGAUACAAAUUACGAGAAUCUAUAAUCUUCCUUGAAUUUUUCAUUGAAAGGUAAAGGACUAAAUCCUUUUCAGAAAUAAAGUUUUUGAUCGGAAGAUUAAUCAAACCGAGAGACCCUUUAACUAUUAAAGGGGUUAAAGGAACGAAUCACACUUUUACCACUAAACUAUACCCGCUACAAUCCAAUUAUUGUAUAUAAAUUUACUUUUUGUCGAACAAAGUAAUCGGGAGAAAAAAAAUCUGAAAAAAAAAUGAGAAAAUUCUAGCGUAGACUUAAUAAAAUUAGGCAAAGCAGGAUUCCUUUUUUUUAUUUCAGAUCUUUUUUGUCUAAAAACCCAUCGGAUGGGUCUUUUUAACUUUAACAAAAAAAGGCCCGGCUGGGGACUGACCAGGCCAGGCUAUUAAAAUAAAAAAGAUCUUUUAUUUGUGUUUGGACGAGACAAAAUCAAAAAGGAUUCUCUAUUUCUAUUUUUGUGAUUUUAUUUAUUUCUCUUUCGAGCCUUUUCUUUAUUGAAUCUUUAUUUACAGUUUUUAUGUAAAUAGAAUUACUGAGAAAGUUCUAUAAAAAAGGUUAUAUAAUAGUAAUAUAUAUAUAUAUAUUAAUUAUAUAUAAAUAUAAAUAUUAUAUAAAUAUUAUUUAUAUAAUAAAAAAGAAAAAAUAAUAUUAUAUUUUUUAUAUAUAAUAAAAUAAUAUAUAUAAUAAAAUAUAGAAAAUGAAAAUAUAUAUAUAAUUAAAGUAUUAUUAAAGAUAAAGAAUAAUCUAAAAAAAAAAACUUUUUUAAGAAUAAAGUGGAGAAAGUUUUUUUUUAAGCCGUUUUUUUGUCUAAUGGAACCUAAAAAGUAUUCCUUUUCGAUUAGGAGAGAUGGCUGAGUGGACUAAAGCGUUGGAUUGCUAAUCCAUUGUACGAGUUAAUCGUACCGAGGGUUCGAAUCCCUCUCUUUCCCUUCCCCUUUUUGAUGAUGUGAAAUAGAUAAAAUCCUAAUAAAAUUCGCACAUUUCCACUAUUUAAAUAUUAAAUAAAGUAAUAAAAAACCUUUCUUUUUUAUUCUUCACGUCCCGGAUUACGUCCUGGAUCAUUAGAUAGGAAUCCAAAUAUGAAGAGAGAAACAAAGAAUAUAACUACAGUGUAUACAAAAAGUUUGAGAGUAAGCAUUACACAAUCUCCAAGAUCUUACUUUUUUU